GUAACUGAUGCUGAUCGUCUGAUCACAGAAUAUUCUCGGUUUCUCGGUCUGAUCAAGAUUCACGACGAAACACGAGUUAACCAUAGAUAAUAGAAUGCUUGCACGCUUUUUCAUUCACAGCUGUUUAAAAUGUAUUCAAUCGGAUAACUUAUAAUUGAUAAGACGUUGGAGAGUAGACCAUAGAACAACUACAACGACUGACUUCAGAUAUAUUUAAGUCAAGUAUAAAUCUGUGGUGCCGGCCACUGACCAAGUACAGCCAGUACAAAUCAUAUAAUCUGGAUUAGAACAGGCUAGGAUACGACGUUGUAAGUUGGUUUCUCGUUAUCUGAAAUUUAUACGUGUCUGACCAUUGACAUUCAUCACUCGAAACUAUGAGCGGUUUAAGUUUGCUAAAAAAAACCGUUCCCAGGAAUGUGUGCUUAUUAAAACAGAUUCGACCUCUGCAUGUGUCGUCAGCCCGGACCAAGGCGGUAGCUCCAAGAGAAUCACUGAACUCCGA